GUAUUAAUUUUCAUUGUUGUGGUUUUGUCUUAUUUUGUAAUAUAUAAUACAACAACAACAAUGAAAAUUAUUUUUAUUGAUAUGCUUGCACAUAGUAAAACGCUUGUUCUUCUUUUAGUUCCCUCCCACUCACCAUAUAUACCUACCCUCCUAUAUUUAUUUUCUUCACCAUCUAGUUAAUUAUACAGUUCUCUCGAUAUCGAUUAAUCUCUUCCUUGCAGUGUCAACCUCGGCGAGUAAUGCGCUCAACGAAGAUUCCAUUGAUGAUUAGUGUAUUUCAGUGUCUUUUUUACUUUCAUCAGGUAGAUAAGUACAUAUUUUCUAAAACAAAAAUUAGAUCUUUUUUUUUUUAAUUUGAUAAUUAAUUUUUCAAAAACAAAAACUAAUAAAUUAAAUUUAGUUAAACGUGAUACACCCUCAUCAUCGUCCAAUAUUCAUCAAACUGCAAAUGCUAGUACAAAUACAUUCUUCUAUGAAAACUCUAAUCAAUCAAUAACAAAUAAAUCAGCAUCAGUAGAAUUAACAUCAAUAUCAAAUAUAAUUAAAAUUCCAAUAACAUCAUCAUCCCUAUCAUCAUUUUCACUUCAAAGUCCAACAAAAUCUCCAUUAAUAACAAUAGGAAAUUCAAAUAAAAUAAUAAAUAAAUAUUCAUCAAAUAUUAAUCAACAAGAUUUAUCAUUGUGUAAUUUGAUUUCACGUUCAGAUAUAAAUCAAGAUCAAAGUGAAAAAAAAACAAUUAUUGAACAUCCAUUAGCAACAUCAAUAGAUUCAUCUCGUUUUUGUCGUUUUAUUUUUCCUGAUUCAACAUCAACAAUUUUUUUAGCAUGUAAUGAAACAAAUACUAUACAACAUGCUAUUAAUCGUUUAUUUGCAAAACGUGGAAUAACAUGGUAUCGAACUGAAUUAUAUCUAGCUGAUCAGCAAUCUAUUGAUCUUCAAGAACCAUUAUCAAGUUUAUGUGGAAAAGAUAUAUAUGUUGAAACUCGUAUAUUAGUUCGUAUUGAUCUACCAACGAAAAUCUUAUGCGUACGUUGUGAUCCAAAACGAACAUUAUUACAAAUCUUACAACCAAUAUUUGAUAAAUUUAAAUAUACACUUGGACAAUUUAUUUUUUAUGUUAAUGAUUCUUUAAUACCAUUGAAUUUAAAUGAUUUAGUUGGUCAUUAUGAUAAUCAAAGAAUAUUUUCUUUAUUACGAACAGCAUCAGGUGUAGGUGAUAGACAAAAAUGUCGAACAACAAAUGAUAUAUUUGAAAUGAUAUCAGAAAAUGAUGAAGAUAUUAAAUUUGAUGAAUGUGGAAUAUUAAAAGUAGUUACACAAUCAAAAGCAACAUUUAUUGUUUCAAAUGAUGCUUAUCUUAGUUCAUCUACAUCUGAAUUAUCGAUGAAUGUAUCUGAAAAUAAUAAAAUAUCUUAUGGAUCUAAACGGUGA